AUCACGUCAAAUCAGUCACGAGUUACUAAAUUAUCCUAUGCUGAAAUAGCGAAUGGUAAGCGUGCAACGUCUGAAACGUCACCUUUGAAGCAUGUUUCGUGCAAUUUUAUUUCUGCCGAUCAAAAGACCGAUGCAAAAGAUGGGACACAUCCAAAUUCACCACAACAUAAACCUGCAUUCAUUGAACCACCUCCACUUUUGAAUUGUUGUAUCGUCGAUGCAGUCAGCCCUCCACCAUGUCGUUUUCCUCCCCAUCACGUUAUUCCAUCUGCUCCUAACCCAAGCAACGAAAUUUCACAGGUUUCAUCACCUCAUAAGGAGUGCAAAGGACGUGUAGCUGAUGUGACUGACUCUUGGCAGUCUGCUGUCGAAGACUUUGAGAGGGAUAAUGUCAUUCGUGAGAAAAUCGGUCUUAUUGUAAAUAAAAGGUACCAAAUUUCACAAAAAAUCAGCUUUGGUUCGUAUGGCUCGAUAUACAGCGCAGUCGAUUUGCAUACGAAUCUGAGUGUGGCUGUUAAAUUCGAAAUCGGAGCUAAGCAAAAUACAGAUUUGCAUUUGAAAUAUGAGAAUGAUGUCUACCAUGACAUAAAGGGAGCACCUGGUGUACCGUUGAUAUACUGGUUUGGCACCGAGUACGAACAUCAAAUUCUUGUGAUGCAGCUCCUUGGUCCUUCACUCGAGCAGUUGUUCAAUUUUUGUGAUCGAACAUUUUCUUGUGAAACAAUCGUGUCGCUCGGUCAACAGAUGAUCCAACGAAUACAUAAUUUGCAUUCAAGAGGGUUCCUUCAUCGGGAUAUAAAACCAGAGAAUUUUUUGAUGGGUCUUGGUGAUAAGGAGAAUAUUUGUUUUUUGGUGGAUUUCGGUUUGGCGCGACGAUAUCGUUUUCGUGAUGGCGAUGGUUCACUGAAACAUAUUCCUUUUCGUAAGGGUAAAAAUUUAGUGGGUACAGCCAAGUACGCCAGUUUGAAUAGUCAUAAUGGUUUGGAGUUGUGUAGACGAGACGAUCUGGAAAGUCUUGGCUAUAUUCUUAUCGAAUUCAUCAAUCGCGAACUACCAUGGAAGGAACAACGAAGCAAGGCCAGAUUUCGUUCCAAACAACAGUCUUAUAAUCGUAUUCGAAAUAUUAAAGAACAAACCGACUGGUCGACAGUAUGUCCAAAAAUGGCCGAAUGGAUUCGAUAUUGCAGAAAAUUGGAAUUCUCUGAAGAACCAGAUUAUGACUUUUUGAUGAAUUUGUUGCAGUCGCUGAGGCAUUCUGUAGGUCAAGCGAACAACCCCGUAAAUGAUGCAACAACUACUCGAAAUCAGCCAUUGAACGACGCUUGUUUGCCUACAUCCCCGGCGAGCAAUACUACCUUAUCAGCAUCAUACGGUCCAACCACAUCACAAUCAUAUGAAUGUAACCGACCAAAUACGAGUUAUACAGCGGUGAACGGUUGUUACAAUAAUGUCAGUAGCAAUAGCCCACCAAAACUGAAUAAUCAUCAGUGGAUAUCAUCGCCUCAAAAUGGAUCAGUUUCGUUCUCAUCUCGACCCAAUUCUAUUAGUAAUUAUCAUUCGACAACACGACCGGUUCUUAAUGCCUAUAUGUCCCAUCCAGGAUUGAUUCAGUGGCCACCAUCAACGACUAAUCCACCACCACCUCGAUUCAUAUGUCCCAUUCCACAUUAUCGUCCGUUCAAUCCUGGAGGUGAUUUCGCUUUCGUGCAACAAACGACCUUUCAUCGUUUCCCAUCUGAUACGCAACAAAUCCAAUACCCGUCUCAGUCCGCUGGAGGCAGUGAUUCCGGAAAACCACAGUUAGCAGCUCCUCUUCAGCACCGACUGCAAAACAACAUUGGCUCAUUUCGUCAUCCAUUUACUGAUAAUAGUGAUGCUGAUGCAUCAUCAUUUAAGGAAUUAUCGAGAGAACCUUUUGAUGAUGGUACAAAUCGAUACAGUUGGUUGAUGCGACGUGAUAGCAGUCCAGAUCAACGAUACGCAUUCGAUUGUCUUUUUCGAUGGACGUUGCCCCCGGGUUGUGAACCGAUUCUUCCUCCGAUGAAAUCAAAUGUCAAUUCUUUCGGAUUUGUUACCGUUCGUAACCCAUUCCGACAGUCGUCGCAUCAGCAGUAUUCAUCACAGCAGAAAUCGUUCAAUAACCAUAACAGUAGCAAUUAUGCAAGAUCUCGACUGAAGUAG